UACUGCUCCUCCCCGUCUGCAAACCGAGCCAGUGGGGCCUCGGCUGCCUCUGAGGUGAAUCUUGCGGAGCUGGACUCUCUGGUUGGUGUCAGGAACGGAGGGAAAGAGGCGGAGACGCUUCCUUCGCUCCUCUCGGGCAUGAGCAGCGCCGGCUUCUGCGCGCCCAGGGACUUUAGUCGGAGGUUGAGGAAAAUCCCCCUCAACGGGGGAACCGAAACCUUCCGAAGAGGGCCCCGGCGCGGGAGAUGUGCUGCUUUCCGGCGGCUCCUAGAGCAGCAUGUUCCCCGAUACUGGCGCUAACACCUCCUCUGGCAGGGGCGGCGGGCAGGUGGAAUCCGCAGGCACCGCGGUCGGUUCUGGCGCCUCUGGAGCCCCAAGUCCCGGGCACGGGGAAUCCUGCAAGAAGAGUAGCAGCGUCCCAGCCGCGGCCGAAGGCGACGGCGAAGAGGACGAAGAAGAGGCGGCGGCGGCGAAGGCUCCCAUCCUGUGGACCCGCUCCAUGCUGGCCACCGGACUGGGGAUGGUGGGGUUGGCCGUCUUCCUCUUCCAUCUGGGGCAGCAGAAGCCGCCGCCGGAGAAGGAGGGGGAGGUCGGCGGACAGCUGUACGUGGCCUGGCUCCUGCUCCGGCUUGUCCUGUACCUGGUUUGUGCUGCCGGCGCCUUCUUACUCGGUUUAUUGCUGGCUUUGGGGAGCCAAAGUCGUGGUCGCCUCCGCCCCCCGCCGGGUUUCCUCCCCGCCUGGAAGCGCCGUUACCUGGGAAGAGCGAGCGCGGCGUCGUUCUGGCGAGCUGCCGGGAACCUCAUAUCUGGAAAUGUACAAGAACCAGUCCAGUCAAGGAGAGUGGUAAUUUCUCAUAACAUGGACAAAGCUCUGAAAGAAGUGUUUGACUACAUCUACCGAGAUUACAUUUUGUCUUGGUAUGGAAACCUCAGCAAAGAUGAAGGACAGCUGUAUCAUCUACUGUCUGAAGACUUCUGGGAAGCUGCCAAGCAGCUACGGCACAGGCUCAGUCACAUUGAUGUAGUUAGAAUCAUUUGCAAUGAUGUAGUGAAAGCUGUGCUCAACCAUUUCUGUGAUCUUAAAGCAGCCAAUGUCAGAUUGGAAGAACAACCACGGCCAUUUUUACUGCAUCCUUGUUUGAGGAACUCUGAAGAAGAGGCAAGAUUCCUGCAAGCAUGCUCUCAGACUCUGGUCUAUUGUCUUCUGCCAUCAAAGGAUGCUCAGUCUUUAAGCUUGCGUAUAGUCCUAGCAGAGAUACUUGCAGCAAAAGUACUGAAACCAAUAGUAGAACUGUUGAGCGAUCCAAACUACAUCAACCACAUGUUGCUUGUCCAGAUGGAAUACAGAGAACAGCUGAUUGAGCGUCACAAGAGAGCCUAUACAUAUGCUCCUUCUUAUGAAGAAUUCAUCAAGCUUAUUAACUGUAACUCAGAUAUUGAGUUCCUCAAACGAUUAAGAUAUCAGAUUAUGGUGGAAAUAGUUCAAGCAACUACUAUCAGCAAUAUCCCCCAGAUGAAACGCCAAAAAGAGAACAAGGUUAAAGAGACGGCUGCAAUGAAAGCAGAUCAUUUGAGGGCCAGAAACAUGAAAAGAUAUAUUAAUCAACUAACAGUAGCAAAAAAACAAUGUGAAAAACGCAUACGACUUCUGGGAGGCCCUGCUUAUGACCAACCAGAAGAUGGUAUUUUUGACGAUAGUGAAGGUCCUCAGAGUCAAAAGAUACUUCAGUUUGAAGAUAUAUUGUGUAAUCCAUCCUACAGAGAGCACUUUCAAAUAUACAUGGAAAGAAUGGAUAAGAGGGUUCUGAUCAGCUAUUGGGAAUCUGUAGAAUACUUGAAGAAUGCUAAUAAGGCUGAAAUACCUCAACUUGUGAGUCAAAUCUAUCAGGAUUUUUUUGUGGAAAGCAGAGAAAUUCCUGUGGAAAAAAUACUCUACAAAGAGAUACAACAGAGUCUUGUGGGUAACAAGGGCAUUGAGGUAUUUUAUAAAAUUCAGGCUGAUGUUUAUGAAACACUGAAAGACAGAUACUAUCCAUCAUUCAUUGUCAGUGAUUUAUAUGAGAGGCUGAUCAAGAAAGAAGAGAGGAGUCCUGUCCAGAUGGCAUCUGACGACAAAGAUGAUAGACAAGUUUGUGAAGAAGUUAUUGAUGGAGAAAGCUCAGAAAUUAAUGAGCAGGCCAGUUAUGCUGUAAAUAAACUACGCCUAUUAAAUGACAAACUUGAAUAUAAGAGACAAGCUCUAAAUUCUCUCUGUAGUUCACCAAAACCUGACAAAAAGAUUGUUUCUAAAUUGAAAGAUGAAAUCAGUCUGAUGGAGCGAGAACAUAGUGACCUUCAAUUGCAUAUUGAAAGAACAGAUUACUGGUGUGAAAAUCUUGGCAUGUGGAAAGCCUUCAUUAAUACUGGAGAGGUCAUUGAAGAAAAUGGUGAACAAGUGCCCUAUUAUUCUGUUGUAGUGAUAUUACGGGAGAUUGGCAGGGUUGAAGCGAAGGAGUGGACAGUUGUCCGAAAGCUCAAUGAGUUUCAAAGUCUGCAUCGGAAACUCAGUGAGUGUUUUCCAUCAUUAAAGAAAACUCAGUUGCCAUCACUCAGCAAAUUGCCCUUUAAAUCUGUAGACCAGAAAUUCAUGGAGAAAUCUAAGAACCAAUUAAAUAACUUCUUACAGAAAUUGCUUUCUGAUGAAAGGCUAUGUCAGAGUGAAGCACUUUAUGCCUUCUUAAGUCCUUCUCCCGAAUACCUUAAGAUUAUCGACAUACAGGGAAAGAAGUCAAAUUUUUCACUCUCUUCCUUUUUGGAGAGGCUUCCUGGUGACUUCUUUUCUCAUCAGGAGGAAGAAACUGAAGAUGAUGAUCUAUCUGACUACGGGGAUGAUGUGGAUGGGAAACGGGAUGCCCUUGCAGAGCCUUGUUUCAUGCUGAUAGGAGAGAUUUUUGAGCUGCGAGGAAUGUUUAAGUGGGUGAGGAAGACACUAAUUGCACUAGUUCAGAUCACUUUUGGAAGAACCAUCAACAAACAAAUUCGUGACACUGUCAAUUGGAUCUUCAGUGAGCCAAUGCUUGUUUACUAUAUCAAUAUUUUUCGAGAUGCAUUUUGGCCAAAUGGGAAACUGGCAUCCAGCCCAAAGCCAACAAAUGAACAGCAAAGUCAAGAAACAAAACUGAAAGCACAGCAAAAACUACUUGAAAACAUUCCAGACACUCUCCAAAGUCUUGUUGGACAGCAAAAUGCUCGCCAUGGUGUAAUAAAAGUGUUCAACGCACUUCAAGAAACCAAGGCCAAUAAGCAUCUUCUUUAUGUAUUAUUGGAAAUGCUGCUACUUGAAUUGUGUCCUGAACCGCGAAUUCAUUUAGAGAAGGUUAAAGCAGCUCAGGUUUGAAUGUUCAGGUGAAUUAGUAAGAAGAAUGUCUAUUGGUAAUAAUAGACUUAAACAUUUCCCUCUUUUCCAUGGAGGGCUGACUGAAAACUUCUGAGAAUUUGUACAUUUUUCUUUUUUCAGAUUUACACAAAGCAAAGCAGACUUGAAAAGAACAGAUAUUUAGAAUGCCAGCAAUGUGUAGUUUCUGGCUUUUAUUUAACUUGUUAUAUGAAUACAUCUCUUUAAGAUACAGAUUGAAAUUUGAAUGUUAAUAUAAGAUAUAUGAAAUAUAAAGUAUUUUAAACAUUUACAAAAGGCAUUUUGCUUUAGUGAUAUCUUAAUGGAUGUUGUACAGUUAUUUUUUUCGCUGAGGAUACUGACUGUUCCUCUAUUUUCUUGUGUAUUGAUGAGCCUUGUGCAAUAUAUGUAAAGAUACUGUGUAAAUUUUACUGCUUUUAUUUUUACCAAAGAUUUUCCAUAGUUUGCAGCCUUUGUAAGCAAUAAAUUAUAAAAGUAGAGUACACCGCUUCAUAAUUACAGCUUGAAAGUUGGAGUGUUGUUUCAGAGAACUGUAUUUAUUUGUUUGAACAUUACAGACAACCAAAAUUUAAUGUUACCUUGAAAUACAUUGUGAGCAAAUCAGCCUGAAGCAGGAUAUAAAUAUCUUAUCAUCCUAAUAAAUUGAAGUGCAGUUAAAUCAUCCAGCCCAUUUUGAUGUUCUCCAGGGCACGUUGUCUACAAACAUAUCUCUUUUAAAAGGGCUAUUACACCCAUAUUUAAUUUUAUGUCAAGGUUGCCCAUUUAGCCAUUUAAAGAACAGAUAGUGAGCUGUUGUUGUAGAGUAGCAAUGUGUAUUCUGAACUUAAUUUAUUAAUGUGCUGUGCUAAAAAAAUUACAGUAUUUUCAGGGUAUGUAUAUCCCAAAGACAAUACUACCAACAACCGGUGCAAAGAGAAGAAUCACAAUCCAGCAAAUUAUGAGAUGGUUGACCUUUUUAUAUAUAUAUAUUUUUAAAAAACGUAACGAUUCACACAUUAAGCCAAUUAGCUUGUUCUUUUUAGCAGCAAUGACCUUUAUGUUGUGAUUUUAAAUACACAGAUGUGUUGCGGUGAUUUUAUGGUAAUUACUAAUCCAAUACAUAAAGGCCUAAAUUAUCAUCAUCUUUACUUCUGCAAUAUACAGUAUUAUCUAUAUAGUACGAUUGGUAACCUAUGUCUACCAGGGAUUUCAGGGCUUAUUGAUUUCAAGUAAUUAUUCAAAUGGACGUGGUCUAAUAGUAAGGAUUGAUUUAAACAGAUGCAAAAAAAAAUUACCAAAUAAUUUUUCAGCAACCGUGGAAGAACGCUUUAGGAAGAUAGGGCUUUCAAAGGAUGUUUUAAAUUUAUUUUUAAAAUUUAUACAAAUGUGCACACUGCUAAUUUAAUGUUCUCAAUGUUCUUUCUAAUGUACAAUGAAAUGUUUUUAUAUAUUAGACAAAGUUAUUUCAUAUAUUUUAUAGUAAACAAAAAUAAGUACUGUGGCACAAGCCUAGUAAUCCAGUAUACAACUUGUUAAAAUACUGUAUAUCAUCUUAGGCAGUAUAGCUAAGUAGUCCAUAUUUCUUUAAGAUAACUGAAGAAUUCCUGGCACUUUGAUAUUCACAAACUAAAAGCACUCUGAUGUAACAAAUAAUCAUCCAAGGUUUUCCUGGAUUGUUUUGGAACCCAUUUUUUACCUAGAAGACAGAAUCCAUAUAAGCUGUGUGAAGCUAUGCAGUAGACUGGUGACAUUUCCUUUUGUUUGCAGCUAACCUCAUAGCGCAUCAUAAAUAAAAAAUAGGUUUUCUGUA